AUGUCGUCCGCCGAAGACGCACGAUCUGUCCACACUGUCUUUGCGGUGCGUGAAGACCAAGACGGAGGACAGCCCGAAUUCAUUGACCAGCCCUUCAAACUCAACGCCGUGUAUCAGUCGUCAGCUUCAGCCCUCUUCCGUCUCAGUACAUCCAUCACCGACAGUGCCUCCAUCAAAACCACCAUUUAUCUGCAAAUCACACCCGACCGUAUCGCUUCGCUGCAAAACACGACUUGCGACACGAGCGACGCAAAUGACCGAAGCCCAUCACACCUCGAACGCGUCCGCCAGCGACUGGGCGGCAAGCGCCUGUUGACUCGCCUCCAGUUCCACCUGCACAGCGGCCUCUAUGCCCAGCUCAUCGUGCCGACCGGUUUCGCACGCGACGAGGCCUCCGACAGCCCCGCGUGGCAUGCCUUUCGCUCCACUGCCUCGCUCGCGACGGUUCCGACGUUCUCCAUCUACAUGCCGCACAAUGUCUUGCCGAUGAUGAAGUUUGAGACAUUUGUCCAGGCUGUGCGGCAGUUUGCGAAUCUGACGGCAACCCAGCGUCAGUCAUACGAGCGUAUGGUGGAUCUGCGCAGGCUGUACAGUGGCAAAGGUGGCGUUGUGUUCACACCAGAGGAGGACCAAAAUGCUGUCCCUCUGAGAGAUGGUGAACGCAACAGAUCUGCGACACCCUCGACCGAAUCGUGUGCUUCCACAGUUCCCUUCGAUACUGUUCCGCGUCACCAAGAUUCACCUCCGCAGUAUGACGAAUGCGUGGUUGAGGGACCGCAGCCGAGGGCCAGCAUGACCGCUGCCGCGGCAGCUGCCUUCGUCAAAAGUGCCCGCGAUGACGACGCUCUGCCUGAGUACGGCGGCAGCGAAAGGCAGCACCGAAGGCUGCAGACUUCUAAACGAGUGCUACACUGCGGGAGCGAAGAGAUCGACUUGCACCCAUCUUCGAAAAGGGCGCAUUUCCAGCGUUCAUUCGCCAGCGUUCACGCAACUACAGCAAUCGCCCAACGUCCCGAAGAAAGGUCGGAAUCUCAAUUCGCAGAUGCGGAAUGUGUCCAGGGCAGGUUGGCGGUUCUACUCGAACAGCAACGUCAGCAAAUCCAACGGCUGCAAGAGGAUGUCGAAGAACUUCGGAGGCGGAACAAGGAGCUUGAGGGACGGCACGAUGAGGUAGAGGACAACUGCGGUGAUCUUGAGAACCGUCAAACCGAGACCGAGGAGACUGUCGAGUCUCUCCUCAUUCACACCGGCGAGCUCGACGAAGAAUGCGAGAAGCUCGGGAAGCAGAUGCCAGACCUGUGUGACGAGAUGGAGGACUGGGUGAAGGAUAACUUGGGUGACGCGAUGAAAGAGCAUAUGAGUAAAUGGCUUGAAGAGAACAUGGCGGAAACUAUAAAUGGAUAUAUUAAUGAGAAAGUUGCGGCCCAAAUAGCUCAAAUGAAAGCGAAGAUGCGCAAAGCCCUGUCAAAUUAG